AUGGUCUCGCUCCAAACUGUCGUUAUCGCCGGGAUUCACUAUCUCAUCCAUCCACAGAAGCUGGGCACUAUCACCGCCAUAAUCAACCCCGAUUCAAUCAUACCGGUGACACUUUUAGCCACACAUGAGAUCUUCAGCCAUGAUCUGGAGGGGCUCCUAGCAGGUCUAGACGCCGUGGACGAUGUUUUCAUCCCAGAGUUUGGCUCGGUUCUGGUCGAAAAGGCCGCCGAGAAUGACCGGCAUGCUGAUCCCUCCAAACUGGGAAUUACCCAAGACGUAUUCCAACUCAACUCAUCCAAUUCCCUACUCCAAGGGUUCAACGACCUCCCCUCAGGACCUUACAUCUUGCAUGGCCCGAACCUAUACCAGGCUUGGAGGCUUUAUGAAGAUGAGUAUGACGCUUUCGUCUUUGGUGUGAUACCUGAAGAUGUCAAUGAGCCUGAACAAUUCAGAGUACUGAACGCAUUAUCGACUAAUGGCCUGCACAAAUCAAUUCCCGUGCCCUCACGAUUAUAUCAUCGCCACCCAUCUCCUAGUAAACCACUUUCCGGCGUUCGAGUGUCCAUCUGUGAUACCGCUUCCUUGGAGGGCGUGGGAACUACCCUGUCAAGCGCUUCAUGGGAACUACUGCAUCCAGGGCCAGCCGAAGAGUCGGCUCACUUCGUCCGACGGCUGAUAGACCUCGGAGCUGUGAUUGUGGGCAAGACAAAGAUCUCGCCAAUGGAGUCUGGCCAAGAAUGGGUGGAUGUUCCUUCUCCUUGGAAUCCACGUGCUGAUGGGUAUCAGAGGGCGGAUGACAGCUCACCAGGUGCCGUAACGGCUGUAGCUGGCUACCCAUGGCUGCAGCAUGCGGUAGGAGAACACGUCGUCGGAGCAUUAGCAAAUACUGCAAUGCCUGGCGGGGUUUAUUCUCUGCGAUUAUCUUUGCCUACCGUCCCGAAACUGAAAGCCAUACCACCUGAAGGUGUGGAAAUUAUUAGCCGCGAAUUACAAUCUCUUCAUGAGGUCCACAAAGCAGUAUUGGGGCCAAGGAGUCCUGAAUCAGGAGGACCGCAAGCGAACCGACUUUUGUACUUGACAGACUUGAACCCGGAGCUGCCAACUGAGCAGUCCAAAUCCUUUGGAAAGCUCAUCUCCGUAUUCGAGUCAGCCCUCCAAGUCAAAGCCGAGCAUACAAGUCUUGCGGCUUUGUGGGACGCACAACCUCCUAAUGGCUUUGGCGAUGUCUCACUCGGAGAGUUUAUGAAGUUUGCUCCAUUCCGGAGUCUGUGCUAUCGCGAAGCUCAGAAGUAUCGUCAGUUUCAGAAGGACUAUCGCCAAAAGUUUCAUCGCGAAGCGUUUGUCGAACGGAAUACUCGGUUUAGGUGGGAUUAUGGUGACAAGGUCACAGAAGAACAGAACACAUUGGAUUUGUCACAUAUUGGCGUAUUCACGAGUUGGUUUCGUGAUACCAUCCUCAACGGGAACUCUACAACUCUUGUAGUGUUUUCACAUGGAGUUUCGCAACCGCAAUAUCGUCGAGAUAAACUCGAUGAUCCUAAGGUGAUUGAAGGGCUCACGUAUGAAUUGCUGCCGGUAAUACUAGAUUCGCCGCACUUGGUCCUUCCGUUUGACCAGAUUCCAUUUGAAUCCAUCAUUAGCGGCAGAGCAGAGCAAUUGCCGGUCAGUGCUUCGAUAAUUGGGGGUGACUCGUGGACAGGCUUGAUCCGAACCGUUGAUGGUGCACUCAAGAGCGCAGGAUGGCCGAGAGAGGUCAGUGUUGGGCGGUUGGCACUCCCCUUGGCUGACAGGCCAAUCUUGGAGGCAACACUCGGGGAAGCUCAGGCCGAGCUUUAG